AUGGAAAAUGAAUCCAUCGAGAAAGACGAGAAAGAUGUGAAGGAAAUACCAAUAAAUGUGAUCGAAGUGACACGUAAGAGACGUUUCUAUAAAGCAAAUGAGAAUCCUCCAAUUUCACUUGCAUUACUUUUUGCGUUGCAACAGGUAAUGGUGUGUGUAAGCGCAUUGUUAACAAUUCCGUUUAUUCUGUCAAAUGAGCUUUGUGCCGGCCGCGAUGUGUAUACAUUACGAGUAUUGCUUAUUUCGUCAACAUUUGUCGUUAGUGGCUUAUCAACUAUCAUUCAGACAAUGUUCGGAACAAGGUUAGCGCUUUUACAAGGAACAGCAUUUGCAUAUAUUCCAUCGAUUCAAGUAUUCAUGCAAUUACCUGAAUACAAAUGCAUUUUUACGGAUGAUGAUGUUGUGGCUGCUUCCGUUUAUCAGAAUAAACUUGCUAUUAUUCAAGGAUGCUUGAUGGCAUCAUCAUUAAUACCAAUGAUAAUUGGUAUGACCGGUAUAGUUGGGAUAUUGACGAAAUUUAUUGGACCAAUUACCGUAUCACCGCUUAUGUUACUCCUAGUACUUAGUGCAGUUGAUCUAUGUGUUGAACGAAUUUCGAAACAUUGGGUUGCUGUGAUACAAGCAGCUGCUUUGUUUGCUACAAUUUUAUAUUUGGCGGAUUGGAAAGUGCCUACGCUUGGCUAUAAAAAUAAUCGUUUUGCAAUUGUUCGAACCAAUAUUUUCGGCCAGUAUCCGUAUUUGAUUGCUAUAUUGACAUCGUGGGGCUUUUGCUUGUUUCUUACGUUAACAGAUUUGACAACACCCGAUAGUGCUGCACGAUUGGACAAAAACGAAACAAUUGCAGUAAUCAAGCGUGCCGAAUGGUUGCGGUUUCCAUAUCCCGAUGUCCCGCAAUUUCAUACUGGACUUUUUUGCGCAUUCGUUAUUUCGGCGCUAACAUCAGUCUUCGAAUCGGUCGGUGAUUAUCAUGCAGCGGCUCGAGUAUCCGAAGAACGCUCACCACCUUCACAUGCAAUUAAUCGUGGUAUUUUGGCUGAAGGUUUUGGUUCCUUGCUAGCCGGAUUACUUGGUCCAGGAGUUGGUAUGACGACGCACACAGAAAAUAUUGGUGUCAUUGGUGUCACUCGAGUAGCAAGUCGAUUUACGAUGGUAUUAGCUGGUGUGAUACUCAUCCUGUUGGGUGUGUUUACAAAAGUUGGUGCGCUUUUGUCAACCAUCCCAGAUCCACUGGUUGGUGGUAUUUUGGCUAGUAGUAUGGCAAUGGUUGGCGGUGUAGCAAUAGCCAAUAUCCAGCAGGUCGAUUUGCAAUGUACACGGAAUAUAGCGGUAUUAGGAUUCUCGAUAAUGGUUGGAAUGAUUGUGCCGAGCUAUUUUCGACAGAAUCCUAUCAGAACAGGAAUCGCUGUGAUCGAUCAGGUGCUUACAGUUCUUUUUACUUUACCGAUGUUUGUUGGAGCAUUUGUCGCAUGCGUUCUUGAUAAUACCGUUUCAGGUGCUACUCGUGAGCAGCGUGGUUUACGUUCACGCGGUUUAGCGCAUGAAUUGGGUGAAAAUAAUUACGACAUAUACGCAUUACCAGCUUUUAUGAUGAAAUUGAUUGAAAAAGCUUCUUGUCUGAAAGUGUUGCCGUUUAUACCGAAGGAAAAGAAAAUCACCAAUCGUGUAAAUGACUCAUUACCAUGA